AUGCAGAUCUUCGGCACAAUCAUGGGCGCUGCCCUCAUUGCCACCGGUGUCUCUGCCCAGCAAGCUGUCGUCAAGAACAACUGCCAGUCCAACGUCUACGUCCAGUCGUUCCCCUAUGACGGCAGCGCCAGCGGCCCUCUCACCACCGUCGCGCCCGGACAGUCCUUCUCCGAGGAUUUCCACACGGCCGGAUCUACCGUCAAGGUCGCCACCACAAAGACUCUGGACAGCCCGCUGUUCUUCGGCUACUCUUUCACCUCGAACCCAGACUACGCUUACUACGAGUUGAGCACCGAGUGGGGCAACCCCUUCGCCAACUCGCACAACAUCCUGACUCCCGGCGAUGGGUGCAAGAUCUUUGACUGUGCCGCCGGCCAGGCAGACUGCUACAGCACGCCUGCACACAAGAUCGUGUACGGCUGCCCUCAGCCCGUCAACUUGGAGGCCGAGCUCUGCGUGUAA